UGCAUGGCCCAUACUUUUCCAGAAAUUCCAGUGUCAGCUCUUGAUCUGCAAUCACCAAACAUGAACCAGCCGAAAUGCUUGGGGAGAUCAAGAGGUAAACGCUUUGUAAUUGGCUUCACAGAUAGCGUAUAUGAAUACUCAUUUAAUACGAGACUUUACAUAAUGGUGGUUGCUUUUAGUAACCAGCAAACCUCCGUUACUAUUAGCAGCAAGUUUCAGUUGGAUGGGAGGAGGUUCCAGGAGAGCUUUGUAAUAGAAGCAGGUGGAUUUCGACGAACCAAUGUUCCGGUUGAACUGAAUAUGAAUGGCAGUGAAAGGAGCUGGAAAGGAAUCGAAAUUAAAGCUUCUAGUGAGGUGUCUGCGUACGGUCUGAUUUACCACGAUUAUUCGUCCGACGGUUUUCUUGGUAUACCUACAAACAAUCUCGGCACGCAGUAUGUGGUGAUGACGUUACAUCCAAUAUCGCGAGGGCAUACUCAGUUCGCUGUCAUUGCUACAGGAGACUCCACCUCAGUUCAGGUAACUUUACGGGGUUCGGUAACAUUCGAAGGACAAACAUAUAAUGCAGAUGAUGUGCUGAGGUUCGUUCUCAAUGAAUUGGAAGCCGUUCAAAUCCAAGGUCAUGAUUUGGAGGACCUAACAGGAAGUACCAUCUAUAGUGACAAACCAGUUGCUGUGUUCAGUGGCAAUGAAUGCACAACCCACGCUGGUUCAGCUUGUGACACGGUGACUGAGCAGUUGGUACCAGUUAAGAGUUGGGAACAGAAACACAUCUACACCGCGGCCCGCAGUGACGAUGACAACAUCUACCGAAUUGUUGCUUAUUUCAGCGAAACCAAUCUCACAAUCCCCGGUUUUGAACACCAGUCGUUGGAACCGGGUGAAUUUUGGGAAGGACGUCUUUUGGGUUCCGGCCUCGUUACGUCAAGCAAACCCGCUCUGAUGAUGCAGCAUUUGGCGUCCAUCAAUGGUAUCACAGUCGACCCCUCCAUCAUUCAGGUUCCUGCAGAAGAACACUUCGGGUACGCGUUCGGCUUUACGACACCUCCUCAAUCUGGAGAAGAUGCAGAUGGUUAUUUCAAUUACAUCAAUGUUAUUGUGAAGAAUGAUUCCAUGGAAACCGUUUUUCUCAACGGUUCUCCUAUCAAAGGCUCAACUGUACACGAGAGCGAUGUUCCUCACACUAGUUACAUUUCACUUACGGUUCAACUUCCAAAAGGUGAAGGUGUCUACUACGUGGAACAAACAGAUUCUUAUUCAUCACCCCUCUCCGUCAUUGUCUACGGGUAUGAAAGGGCCGAAUCCUAUGGCUACGCCGCUGGUCUGUCUCUUUUCAGCAAUGAACGAUUGCUAAGUUUGACGCCGUACUAUUUGCGAGAACUUGGUGGUGAGCCUCUCACUAUAACCGUUCCCUGUUUGAAAACUAAAGUCCCAGUCACUGAAUAUGCAAAGUGCAAGUUUUCCACAGGAUUAGUAGAUGUCCUGGUUUCAGCUGACCGCACUGACCCUUACACUGUUGUCUGUAUCACUCCCACCUUUUACAUGAACGGACUAACAUCCGUUUAUGUAUCACUUGGUGACGGUAAAUCAUUUCCAUACUUUAUCUAUAUUGCAUCUGAAGAGGACCUGCCACCUCUUGUACAAAUCCAACAGGAGAAUUCUUCAUUUGGAGAUGGCAUCAUUGACCUAACCUCAGAUGAUCCGAUCAUGUUAUCCUGGGAUCCUACAAUUCUUGGUGAAGACGUUUCACAUGUGACUGUUAUGAUGCAAGAAACAGAUUACGCCAGCAAUGAUCCUGUCCUGAUGGAAGCGGUUUCAGUGAAAAACAGCGUCUUGAACAGUGGAAGUCUGACGAUACAUCCAAUCGACCUCCAAUCCCUAUACGAACAUGGUUUGUCGUUCUCAACAUUUUAUCUUACUCCUUCUCCAGAGGGAAAUGCAGCGUUGCGCCUAAGAUUGUACAGUCCUGCCGUGAUAACAGUGACUUCAAUGACCUGUGGAGUUUCCAAGUACCCGUUGAGAAGUACUGUGCCCACAGGACUCCCUCCGUGUCCCUGCAUCAAAGAACAGGCUGAGGUUGAUUUUAACUUUCAGAAGGAUGAUGAUGUGUGUUAUCGGUCUGUUCAUUCAAUGCAAACGGGAACAGGCCAACAGUGCUGUUACGGGAAAGACGGUAAUAUCCUGGUAGGUCCCCCUGGGGGAGGAACAGCCGACAGGUACAGUCCAGGAGAGCAUUUCUGGAAGCAUCAAUGGUACGACGUUUUUCCGUGGAUUUGCUUGUGCAAACUGUCAGACAAUUGUACGGAGUACUACAAGUACAGACCAUCUGAUGAUUGUUCUAAGUACGAACCACCUCGACCGGCUGGGGGCAUUGGGGAUCCCCAUCUGACAAGUCUGGAUGGCUACAAGUUCACCUUUAACGGUGCUGGAGAAUUUCUGAUGGCGUCAUCUGAAGAACAUAACUUAACCUUUCAAGCCCGUAUGGAGAGGUACCGCAACACUAACGCCUCUGUCUACACGGCGUUCGUUCUCCAAGUGAACGAUUCUUCAAAAGUCCAGGUGCAGCUGUCUAACAUGAACGAGACACUGAUUCUUGUAGACGGUGAGCCGUGGCGUCUUGACCCCAGACCAGUGAAAGUUCAUUACCUCAGAGGUGUUCAAAUCCGCUUCAAUUCUGAUUUGACCAAAAUCAAGAUAGCAUUUAAUGCUGGCAUCGCUGUUACCGUGUACAUCGACGCUGAGGUGAUGUCUUUCAUCGCUCAACUGGACACCAAUUUCCAGGGUCAAGUUAAAGGGCUUCUUGGAAACCUAAACGGAAACCCAGAUGACGACCUUCAGUUCCCAAAUGGAACCAUCCUGGAGUCCGCUUCUUCGCUGAAGGAACUUCAUAAGUUUGGUUUGGAGUGGUUGGUAGCACAAGAGGACUCUAAAUUUACGUACAUUUCCCCAUUUGACUACAGCACAUAUCACUUCCCUGAGUUUUUCCCGACCUUCAAGGUUCCUAAUCUGAACGAAGUUAGUCAGGAAACCAAGGACCUGUGUGGCGAUUCCAUUGAGUGUGUCUUUGAUGCGGUAAUCACCGGCAGCCUGUCUUUUGCUAACGAGACUCUUGUGGUGGAAAGUACAAUAACUGAAGUCCAGAAAGGAUUGGUCAAGAUUGUCAGUUGUGGCUACCCGGGUGAUGUGGAGAACGGGUUGCUGUAUGGGUCCGUGUAUCUCGUGAACGCCACUGUUGAUGUGGCUUGUGAAGAUGGCUUCAUCUUGAAAGGGUCUUCCAGAUUGACAUGUCUUGAAGCUGGCCAGUGGUCGUCUGAUCUCCCUGUUUGUGAUGGUAUGGAAGAAAGAGAGGAGGAAAGGCUAGCUGCAGGCAUCACAGCAGCGAUUGUUGUCGUUGGUUUGAUUGCUGUUCUUGCAAUCGGUGGUCUAAUUUACCUAGUUAUGAAGACACAAUAAAUGAAAAAAGAAGAAGACUGUAUUAUCUGGAAACAGGAAAGCAUCGAAUAAUAGUUCGUUUUUGUUUCCUGUUGUGGCGGUGUACUCUACGGCUCCCGGCAAAUCCUCUGUCGCGUAUACGAGCGGCUAUAAAAGUAGACUUUGGGCAGGUCCGUUUAUAGGACGCACUCCUCCACUUGAUCAUCAAGGAAGGCGGGUAGAACCUGCAGUUGGUUUGUUCCGUGUCUUUUUGAAUUGAAUUGAAUGGAGUUAAAAUUGAUUCUCGACACAGGGAAUAGUGAUUAAAUACGCACAACUCGUAUUUUAAUCAUCAAUGGCUUGAUCAUUGGCUCUCACUCUCAAAUACUGGCGUUGAACCCCAGCAAUUGGACGAUGGUGUCUGACGGGUGCUCACCUACUUAGGAAAGGUUUGACAUGGAUGAACACCUGUUACAAAGUUCUUGAUAGAGGACGCAACAUGAUAUAGGU